AUGACCUCGUUUUCCGGGAGCGAACGGGAGGACAACACAUGCAGUGAAUACAAUGAGGAACUGGAGAAUGAUGCUUUUCGAGAACUUGAAGCAGGUCUGAAUGAUCAGUCCUAUCAAACCAAGGAGGUGCCACCACAACUUACCGCGCUUCGGUGUACAGGAAUUGGCUCACCGAAAAAGGUCUGGGGUCUUCUUUGCCGUAAAGAUGAGCUGAUACGUGCAAGUCAUCAUGUACUCGACAAUCAUCCAGACCUAGCUCCUCGCACUCGGGCAGUUCUUGUGGACUGGAUGAUGGAGGUCAGUUUCAACUUUCGGAUUGAGCUUAGCCGCAGCGAGAUCAGUAACAGCAGGUCUGCGGAAAAUCAUGCUACGGUAGCUGUGUCGACACUUCCAUCUAUCAUACACAAAAAUGGUUUAUCUCUUCUAUAUUUCUCCUUUGAGGUGUGCGGAAGUGAAAAACAACAUCGAGAAACGUUUCACUUGGCAGUCGACUAUGUUGACAGAUUUCUUGCGACUUUUCAUGGUAUCAGAUCACAAACCUUCCAAAUGGUUGGCACGUCAGCAUUAUUCCUUGCAAGCAAAUAUGAGGUAUGCUUUACUCGAAAUUUUUUACUAGACACCAUGAGAACUUAUUAGGA